UCUCCAUGUUGGAACCAGAGAACUUCACGUCAGUCCAGUCUCCCGGAGCCUGCUAUGAGGCUGCACCGGCCCAGAAGCUCCCAGCCAGUCACCAGCGCCUCCCUAAUCCACAAAGAGUGAGACGGGCUGCUCCAACAAAGGUUUUUGGAUGCUGUGCCUCCUGCGGUUUAGGUGAAAGCGGAUAAGGUGUCAAGAUGAAGGAGGAGAAUUUGUUCCAUCGGAGACUCUCUCUGUGUCCCAGUGCCAUCUCCCCACCUAAAAUUGACCCCCGCACCCUCACCCGGAACCUGUCUUAUGGAGGAGACAAUGACCUCUCCAACCUCAGUCCAGGCAGUGACACACACAGGAACGGUCUCUCCAUGCUGAGUAAUGAACUUAGUCCUGCCCAAUCACCAGGCAGCAAGUCUGAGUCCAGGAUGUUUAAUGGUGUUGAGAAGGACUGUCCUUCUCCCACUGAAAGACUGGCCCGAAAGGAGUCACUCAAGGUCCAAAAGCAAAAUUACAGGCAGGAGAAGAAACGAGCAGCCCAAGAACUAUCCAGUGCACUAAAGGACCCCAGUGUUGUUAUCAUGUCCGACUGGUUAAAGAUCCGUGGCUCUUUAAAGAGUUGGACCAAGCUGUGGUGUGCGCUGAAGCCUGGAGUGCUUUUGAUUUAUAAGACCCCCAAAGCGGAUCACUGGGUCGGCACCAUUCUUCUCAGUGCAUGCAAGCUGAUUGAGAGACCUUCCAAGAAGGACGGCUUCUGUUUCAAGCUUUACCAUCCACUUGAAAAAUCAAUCUGGGCUGUCAAGGGUCCCAGAGGAGAGAACGUCGGUUCCAUCACGCAGCCUUUACCCAGCAACUACUUGAUCUUCAGAGCUGCCUCUGAGUCAGACGGCCGGUGCUGGAUGGAUGCCCUGGAGUUGGCUUUAAACUGCUCCAGUCUGUACAAGUUAACAGCUAAAGCUGGGAAGGAGGGAGAUAUCAGUGUCUCCACAGAUUCCUCGCAUAUUCUCCAACUCCUGCAGUCUUCUCCGCUCACUGAUACAGAGCUGCAACAGUUGAAUGACGCGGCCCUGCUUGGAAAUCACCACAUGGAAAAUGACGGAUUCUCAGAUAAAUCGGAGCGUGAGACUCACGACGACUGGGACACUACGGCCAAUGAAAAUGGUGGAAGGCUGACGGAAGAGAGCGACAUGGAGCAGUCGGAUGAGAUGUCCCCCGGGACACAAGCCACAACCUAUGUAGAGCAGUGCACAGAGGAGAUGGCUGAGGCUGGGGAGGCUUCCCAGGUGGAAACGGUGUCAGAGGAGAACAAAGGUUUGAUCUGGAGCCUGCUGAAGCAGCUGCGGCCAGGCAUGGACCUGUCAAAGGUUGUGCUGCCAACCUUCAUUCUGGAGCCCCGCUCCUUCCUGGACAAGCUGUCUGACUACUAUUACCAUGCGGAUCUGCUGUCACAGGCUGCAUUGGAAGAAAGUGCAUUUGAUCGGAUCAAGCUGGUGUUGAGAUGGUAUUUGUCAGGCUUUUACAAGAAGCCCAAGGGUCUGAAAAAGCCUUACAAUCCAAUCAUGGGGGAGACAUUUCGCUGCUGUUGGCUUCAUCCUCAAAAUGACAGCUGCACUUUCUACAUAGCUGAGCAGGUGUCCCACCAUCCACCCAUCGCAGCCUUUCAUAUCUCCAACAGGAAGGAUGGUUUUUCUAUCAGUGGGAGCAUCCUGGCUAAAUCCAAGUUUUACGGUAACUCUCUGUCGGCUAUCUUGGAUGGCAAAGCCAGAUUGCUUUUCCUGAGUAGGGAUGAAGAGUAUGUCAUCACCAUGCCCUACGCCCACUGCAAAGGUAUCCUGUACGGCACGAUGACUUUAGAGCUGGGAGGGAAAGUUACCAUCGAGUGUGAGAAGACGAAAUGUUUUGCAGAGCUUGAGUUCAAACUGAAGCCUUUCCUCGGAGGUUCCUGCUCCGUGAAUCAAAUAAGUGGAAAGAUCUUUGUGGGUGAGGAGCUGCAGGCCACCGUAGACGGACACUGGGACAACGAGGUGUUUAUUCAGGAGAAGCGCUCGGGCCAGCAGGAGACGCUGUGGAAUCCAAGCCCAGAUAUUCGUAGCAGACGCCUGAAGAGACGAGUGGUCCAGAUAGACCAGCAGGGAGAGUUUGAGUCUGAGAGACUGUGGCAGCAUGUGACCAGUGCCAUCAUGGACCGGGACCAAGUGCGGGCCACGCAGGAGAAGUAUGUGCUGGAGGAGGCUCAACGCAAAGAGGCCAGAGAGAGAGGAGACAAACCCUGGAUCCCACGUCUUUUCCAGCAGGACCCCGUCACCUCCGAGUGGCUCUACCGGCACAUGGACACCAGGCCGUGGGACCCAGAGCACAGUCUCGUUCAGUUUGAGAAGGAUGGCAUUAUUCAGACUCAUGAGAAAAGGCAGAGGCAACACAAUGGGUUCUCCUACAGCCGCAGCUGGGACAGUCAACACAAGAUGGGGGUGAGCGGGAAACACAGGAAGGCCAGCAGCCAGCCGUCCAGCUGCAGCCAGAACACGGAGAGCAGCAGCACCACGCCAGAACCCACUCACGAGUCCUCGGACAACGAAGGUUUUUCAAGCCAGUGUGCCCGCUGCAGUAAAGAAGUGAAGGACAUCGCUCUGAUAGAGGCCUCCAUCACAUCUAUACAGGACACACAGCAGGAUAUUCAGAGGAACCUGGUAGCUCUGAGUCGUCAGAUGUCUCGCCAGAGAGCGACGGACGACGGUGUGUCAUUGACGGGUCGGCACUGGCUCGUCCUCUGCGUCCUGCUCGUCUCCCAACUCCUCCUCAACUACAUCUUCACCUGAGCCAACUCCCCAGGGAGGAGUUUCCCUCCAGUGCUGAUCUGGCAUUAAAUCCUCUAAAAAAGCACAGAAUCAACAGAGGGACAGCAACCUGAGAUCAGUGAAUGGAGGGUAACUUUGUCCCUCGGUUUCCUCUGAGGGGAGCAGAACGGACUUCAAAGCAAUAAACACAGCCACAACCUGUCAGUCAUCUGCAGCCAGGAACAGCAUCCCCUAGUGUAGCCAGACUGAAACAGCACCGGCACCUGCGCACUUUGGACAGGAGAGGAGAAACAAAACGAGCACGGCUAAAAAGAGCUGAGAUUCUGGAUUAAAAUUGCAGAAAGAUUUUGCAAAAAGAAAUGAUGGAGGAUAUUUCACCAUUCCUUAGUGUCUUUUUUUUAUAUUGCCCUGCAAUACUGUUUAUUUGUGAGUGUGUCUUUAUGUGUGUCGUUGUUAAACAUUAAGCCUUAUGGGCACAAGCAGAUCACAGCUUGGUCUUCUACACCUCUUCCACUCCACAUUUUGGGCCUUAAUGCUGAAGCCAAAAAAACAACAAAAAAAGAAGAAAAAUACAAGAUAUACAAAUGAAGAGAUCUUCAAACAGUGCAAUUGUGUGUUUUGUAUUGAUGUACGCUCAAAUACACUCUGUCUCGUCUUUUAAUGAUGGUGAUUUUUACCAAAACAGUAUUUAAAAUCUGAAAGGACAGAGUUCUUGUUUACAAAGAGUGCUGCCCGUGUCGUCGGUGGACAGAUGAGGGUUAAUGGGACGGAGGCCGAGCAGAGAGCCAAACAGAGUGUCUUUGUAUUUCUGUGCCUGCGGCGCUGUGACUUAAGGCAUGAUGGAGCAGCACUGCUUUGGUCUAGAACAUGACACUAGUGUGUACAAUCAGUCACUUAAGUAAGCGUGGAGGAACGGACAGAGGGAGAGACGAGUGCAACAACAAGGAAAAAAAAAUUGAACACGAGUUUAAGGAAAGAGUGUAAUGUGUCUUCACCAUGUUCAAGGGACUUUCUUCAGAUGUAAAUGCUUAGUAAAAAAGAAACAAACGAUUUUUCUUUAAAUCAGUCUGUAUAUAUUUGUCUGCCAAUGUGUUUCAAAAAGAGAUUUCAGAAUGUAUUUAUUAUGUGAUUCACCUUGGCUUUCUUAAUUAAAUCUUCACCGCUCUCUGUGGGUUCAACAAAGUGUGUGUACGUAUGUGUGUGUGCAUGAAAGAGAGAGUGUGAGUGAUGGAGCACGUAUAUGCGCGUAAGCCAUUAGGGUCAUGGUCAACACAGCCAGAGCUCUUAACUGUGUGUAUGUGUUUUUAUUUAUGGAUUAUAAGCCCUGAGAUCACCAACGGGAUAAAUGGAAAGCCGUACAUGAAGGACGUCAACUCUGAAUGCUUCAAGUUACACCUUAAUUUGUUUAUUAUUGACAUUGUUACCGUGUUUUCUACUUUGCUGCCAUGUUGUGGAAACUCUACAUGCCAGAUAUCUUUGUCAUAUAAAACAACUACACAUGA